AUGCGACCGAGACUGCUCUUCUUGUCGUCGCUACCCCAGCGCUACUGGGGCAGGUUCACCAACCCAAGUUUCUGUCUGCACGAAGCGAGCGUUCGAUCGUUGCGCAGACACGGCGGUAAGCAGGGUCACUCGCCGAGCUUGGAGCUGCUUGCCUCGGACGCGGCCCCUGAGCACUCGGCGAAGGUUCAGGCCGCAACGGCGUCCUCGGCGGCUGCGUCGCCAGCACCGAAGAAUGCUCGGGGCCGCCAAAACCCCAAUAUCGCUAGCCCCGAGUCGGGUGCAACUGCAAACAACCUUCGCGUACUGCGGAGCGCCCGCCUCGAGAAAGUUCACGCCAUGCGUCAGGCUGGAGUCGAGCCCUACGCGUACCGUUUCGAGGUGAGCCACUCGACACAGGAUCUUCACCAGUUGUUUGGGGACGUCGAACCAGGCACGAUCCGGGAUGAUGUUCAUGUUUCGAUCGCAGGCCGCAUCAUGAAUCGUCGCAUCUUUGGGAAACUGGCCUUUUUCACACUCCAGGACUCGAGCGGUACGAUCCAGCUUUAUUUGGACAAACAACGCAUCACCGAGCACAUGCAAAAUCGAAUACCUGAAUCUUUUUCGCGGUUGAAACAGUGGAUCGACGCAGGUGAUAUCAUUGGGGUCACUGGCUCGAUCCGAAGAACUGAAAAAGGCGAACUUUCUGUCUACGUUAAGGAAUGGACGAUGCUUACCAAGUCCCUGCGUCCUUUACCGGACAAGUGGCACGGCCUCACGGACAUUGAGAAGCGCUAUCGCCAACGCCACAUGGAUCUCAUCGUGAACCCCGCUGUACGUGAUGUGUUCCGCAAGCGGGCUCAGAUCACUGCCGCGAUUCGACGCUUUCUCGAUACGCACGGCUUUUUGGAAAUCGAGACACCUGCGCUGCACCAACAGGCUGGUGGAGCCGAGGCACGUCCCUUCGUGACGCAUCACAAUGCCCUGGACAUGGAUUUGUAUCUGCGAAUCGCCACGGAACUGCAUCUAAAGCGACUGGUGGUGGGCGGCUUCGAUCGCGUCUACGAAAUGGGCCGCAUCUUUCGAAACGAGGGCAUUAGUACGCGGCAUAAUCCCGAGUUUACCAGUAUUGAGAUUUAUCAGGCGUAUGCGGACUAUGGGGAUAUGAUGCGUCUCAUGGAGGAUCUGGUGGUGCAGGUCCUGCGGGAUGUGCAUCAGGGUGUGUUGCAGGUUCGCUAUCAAGAUACAGAGUUGGACUUUAGUCCACCGUGGCGGCGCGUUUCCCUCUUUCAGAUGCUUCAGGAGCGCACCGGAAUGGACUGGCGCUCCACUGCUUUGAGUCUGGAGGAGGCGCGAGCGCUCGCUCACAAGCACGGCUGCCCGGCUGGCGAUGCACGUAGUAUAGCCGAAGUCGCGGUAGCGGUGUUUGAAUCGCUUUGCGAGUCGGAUCUCGUGCAACCGACGUUUGUUGUCGACCAUCCGAGGGAGACGAGUCCGCUUGCGAAGCCGCACCGCUCCGAAUCGGGCCUUGUGGAGCGUUUUGAAGUUUAUUGCGCGGGUCGAGAGCUCGCGAACGCGUUCUCGGAACUGACGGAUCCUGUGGAUCAACGGGAGCGUUUCGUAGAGCAGUCUGCCCGUAAAGCGGCCGGGGACCUUGAAGCGUGCGACGUUGACGAGUCGUUUCUGGCGGCCCUGGAGACUGGUAUGCCGCCAACAGGAGGUCUCGGAAUCGGAAUCGACCGUCUCGUGAUGCUGUUGACGAAUGCGCCCAGUAUUCGGGAUGUCAUCGCUUUUCCGCUGCUGCGGCCGACGUUGGAGUACCCGAACGACGGGUCAGAUGAUGCAGAAUAG